AUGGCUGAAAACGAAAAGCUCCUUUCAAACCACCGACAGUCUGAUGAGGACAACUCCACUGACGAACUCUCGGAAAAUGCGAGCUUUGGUCCAUUCAAAAGCCCAAGUCCACGAAAGAAGAAGCUAGGAAACAUUUCGCUCUGCGCCAUCGGGCUGGUUCUGCUCAUUGUCAUAUCGGGCUCGGUCGGGGCGGCCUACCGCUACGGAGCAGCUCAUUCGAUGCGGCCUUUGCCGGAGCCAAAGAAUCUCGGAUCGUGCGGAGCAUCGGCAAAGGAGGCACGGAAGAAGGGGUGCGCCUUUGACUUCAUGCUCGGCGGCUGGCUGCACCCGCAAUGCAUCGACCAGGAGCAGUACGACAGGUACAUGAAGGAGUGGCUGACGCUCAACAUGACCAUGUACGCCGGCCCGGACGCCGAGGAGCCCGCCGGCCUGGACUACAUCCUGGGAGGCGACUGGGAUCUGAUCUGGGGCGUGGGCAGCUACCACUACCUCCACUGCUCCUACGUCUUGGAGAAGAACUGGAAGGCCCUGACGCGCGAGAUCAAAAGGGUUCCGAGCAACUGCCUCGAGGAGGAACACGUCACGCACUGUCUCGCCCUGAACAGUAAACCAAACGUCGCAGACAUGUUGAACACCACAAGGCGGCAGGUCUUUGAGCGCAUGCCGAUCAUGGACUGCUUGGUCUUUGAGUGA